AUGGAAGAGUUAAUUGUUGAGCUGCGCCUAUUCCUAGAAUUAUUGGACCAUGAGUACCUAACAUCAACGGUGAGGGAGAAGAAGGCAGCGAUAACCAACAUCCUCCUGAGAAUACAGUCAUCAAAAGGCUUUGAAGUAAAAGACCAUGUCCAGAAGCAAGAAGUUACCAACAGUCUGCCGGCUCCACCGCAGAUGCCGCUGCCCGAGAUCCCUCAGCAGUGGCUGCCACCAGACAGUGGGCCUCCACCAUUACCAACAUCUUCUCUCCCAGAAGGCUAUUAUGAAGAAGCUGUGCCACUGAGUCCUGGAAAAGCUCCUGAGUAUAUUACUUCAAGGAUCUUCAAGCAGUGGAUAGAUGAUAUAGAAAGAAUUCUUAGUCAGUGCUACAAAAGUUCCAAGGACCAGCAGCCUCACAUGGAACUGCCACUCCAUGGAUGUAACAUCACCUAUAUCCCCAAAGAUAGCAAGAAGAAGAAGCAUGAACUGAAAAUCACACAUCAAGGCACUGAUGCCCUUGUCCUGGCUGUUCAGAGCAAGGAACAAGCAGAGCAGUGGCUUAAGGUUAUAAGAGAAGUCUACAACAAUUGCAGUGGUGUGGUAGAUUCGGAUGGGCCGUCUUCUAGUUCCCCAGUGCACAAGACAGAGCUAGAGAAGAAACUGUCAUCAGAGAGGCCGAGUUCAGAUGGAGAAGGUGGCGCAGAAAAUGGAAUUACCAUGUGCAAUGGAAAAGAACAAGUUAAGAGGAAAAAAAGUUCAAAGUCAGAAGCCAAGGGAACAGUGACGAAAGUCACUGGGAAAAAGAUUACCAAGAUCAUUGGUCUAGGAAAGAAAAAGCCAUCAACUGAUGAACAGACCUCGUCGGCUGAGGAAGAUGUACCCACCUGUGGGUAUCUAACUGUCCUCUCGAAUAACCGCUGGCGUGAGCGUUGGUGCCGAGUGAAAGACAACAAGCUCAUCUUCCACAAGGACAGAACGGACCUGAAGAACCAUAUUGUUUCCAUUCCUCUCCGGGGCUGUGAAGUGAUUCCAGGCUUGGAUUCCAAACACCCCUUGACAUUCCGUUUGCUUCGAAAUGGGCAGGAGGUGGCAGUACUAGAGGCUUCAUCCUCUGAAGACAUGGGUCGAUGGAUUGGAAUCUUAUUGGCUGAAACGGGGUCAUCCACUGAUCCUGGAGCACUUCAUUAUGAUUAUAUUGAUGUGGAGAUGACUGCAAAUGUUAUCCAAACAGCCAAACAGACAUUCUGCUUUAUGAACAGACGUGGUAUCUCUACAAAUCCCUAUCUCGGCAGUGCCUCCAAUGGAUAUGCCCACCCCAGUGGGAUGGCACUUCAUUAUGAUGAUGUCCCUUGCAUAAAUGGAUCGUGGGAACAAGAAGAUGCCUUUCAGACUUCCCGUAGCAGGAUCUUGGGAGAAGAAGUGCUUUAUGAUAACGCGGGGCUGUAUGAUAACUUGCCGUCUCCAAAAAUCUUUGCCCGCUACCCACCUACUGAACGAAAGGCUUCUAGAUUAUCUACUGACAAACUGUCUUCUAACCAUUACAAACAUCCUGUCUCCUCCAAUCUGUCUUCUGCUCAGUCUGUUACUAAUACCUCUUCGGUGGGGAGGGGAUCUGUCGGUCAGAACUCUCAGUUCACAGCUUUGUAUCCCUUUCCUUUUAUGAUCCUCACCACAACCAUGAGAAGAAGGAAGACCCAAGUUAUUCUAGAAGAUAAACUGAAGAAACUGGAGGAGGAAUGUAAACAGAAGGAGACAGAACGAGUCAAUCUGGAAUUGGAGCUGACAGAGGUCAAAGAAAGCCUCAAGAAAGCCUUGGCAGGGGGAAUCACACUGGGUCUAGCCAUUGAGCCAAAAUCAGGAACCUCAAGCCCCCAGUCUCCAAUUUUUAGGCACAGAACUCUGGAAAACUCUCCUAUCUCAAGUUGUGAUACCAGCGACACUGAAUGUUCCAUGCCGGUGAACAGUGCGGCAGUUCUGAAGCGACAUCCACCGACAUCUGGCAACUCUCCUUGCCGGGGUCAUGUCCUUAGGAAGGCAAAGGAAUGGGAAUUGAAAAAUGGGACAUAAAGAGAACGAUGGAAAAUGUACAUACCUUCUAGAAGGCCUUAUACCCUCUCAACCAAGACUCAUAUGACAGGAGACUCA